AUAUUCUGCUUGUAUAUUUUCUACUUGCUUGACGUACCUAAACAAAAUUUGCCCAAUUUUUAUAAACCCAAUUAGAAAAUUUUUUGCCUAUAAUAGAUUUCAGAAACAUUUCCGUUGCAUAUUAUAUCGCAAAAUUUUAAAAACAUUUCUAUAGCAAUAUUUCACAAGACAUUUUAAUCCUUUCAUUUCUAAAUGGUAAUAUCCCAUACGACGUAACGAUUAGAACUUAAAAUUUUAUGUGCACCAUAAGAUCCUUUAUAUCACGAAAUCAGAUUUUAUUUGCAUCGACUAUAGGAUUAUAAUUAUAACACAGUCAUGACAUCAUAUCACAUAAAGAACCACCGAUUUCUGAACAUCGUUAUAAGAUUUCUCGUUUAGAAUGAUUAUUUUAUCCAAGGCUGUCUCUCGCACGUUUAAUCAGAUUCGAUUCUUUACUAUUUUCUCUUUUAAAAUCAAGCAUAAAAAGUUGUCAAGAAGGUGACGUUUAAUGAAUGUUUACAAGCUGUUCAGACUAAACACGUUUCCGUAAUGUAUAAAUAGAUACUGUUACGUACGGUCCACACUUGUGAUACGUCGUGCACAACAUACAUAAUACGCACAUGCACAAGUGGAUGCAAACACGCGCAUUCGGACGGCACGGUAGAUGGUCAAAUGCAUGCACACAAAAAAAAAGAGAAAGUCUCGGACAUCGCGCUGUCGAUGUUGCAGUCGUCAAAAACAAAUUAUAAACGACUUAUUAAAAAAAUAUCGGUGUCUCUAUUCUGAGCUCGUUACAACCGUCCGUCUCGAUGUCCCGGCAAUUAUUUUGCGACGCUUGGGAUUUAGCGAUCCACGUUGUCCAAUAGAGGCAAAGAUUUUGGAAUGGAGACCAAUCUAGACAGAACACGGAAAACCCAAGAAUAUAAAUGAGAUUAGCGGAAGUUUUCCUUCUCUCAUUCCGUCCGAAACCACGAUAGUGUCCGAGUCUUCUCAAUAUACCUCGCGACUCAGGGUGACUACACCCCUAGGUUAGAUCGAUCUCGGUUACCGAGUACCAGUGUCGUUCAAGCGAAAAUCAUAAACAUGUAUAAUAAUAAAGUAACAAUUCGAAAGUGAUAAAAUAAACUGUUAAUGACGCGAAACCACAGUGUGGAUCUUAAUCCAUCCUCAUAACAGAGACACAUACAAAGGAAACGAGUAUUCGACUGAAUGCACAGAUAACUCGCUGCAACGUAACAUAACUUCAAAAAGACAAGAAAAUUGAUGAAUAAAGAAAGAACUGAGUGAGGAUCGCAAUUUUUCAAACAAACAGCAACUAUUUCUGCCCGGAGUUGUAAACGAAAGAAGAAUCGAAACACACAGAAAUAAAAUUAAGUGCAGGAAAAGCAUUAAUAUUGUUGCGCAUAAAACUUACAAAUCGAUGUGAAAUGACGGUUUAAAACUUAAGCAAUUAAAGAAAUUGGUUCAAAUACGACUUAAAAUAAUAAUUCAGCAGGAAAGUCUGAAGAAGUUCUUUUUGAAGAAGAGUGAAAAACGCUGCAUGUAUUAUUUGUAGACAAGUGAAUUAUACUUUUAUUAAAAUGAAGUGUACGUAGAAAAAAAACAGGUUUAAAAUACAAAGAGCAGCAGCUUUGAAAUGUAACUGCAAAUUAAUCAAAAUAAUAAUCUGGAAGUAUCAAUUAAGAACGUGACGUUGACUUAAAAAAAGCGAUAAUAAUACAGAGAUAUAUACUUUGUAUUAAAUAAACGAAUAAUUACAGUUUUACACAACUAUGUCUAUGAUAAGGUUUGCUUUGCUCGGCCUGCUAUUAUCCUUGAUAAAAGCAUCAUCCGAGUGGCAACUAACGAAAUGUUGCCCACCGGGACAAAUCUAUGUCAACAAUUUCACCAACUGUGAAUCAGUACCCUUAUUCGCGAUAGACGUUUAUUCUCACUAUUGGAACAUUACCCGAGAGGUCCAAAAACUUCCUCAGUGCAACGAACCUGAGGAUCUUGUGACAACGGCACUCGACGAUUUCGAAUCUGACACUGUCUUAGAGUUGCCAGCUUGCCUUGAAUAUUUUUACAAGUCAGGGGAAGUAAAACCCAUAAUAAUAAUUCGUUUCUGUCGAUCAAACAAGGACCAACAAGUGAAAGCAAAUGAUACAUCCUUUCCGCAACUCUUACACACCAGAAAAUGUUGCUUUGGCGAUAAAAUAUUCGACAGCGGCGCAAAGACAUGUGUGACCCGAUUAAACGAAUCACAGAGUCUUGGAGCAUUUUUGUUAAAUAGAUCGACUGACGCAGAAAGUGCAGUGAUAGUCACCCAAGGACCACCUGAGUGCAAAGGGCCGAUCGUUAACUAUGAAAUUAACGAAAAUGAUAUCUUCCUACGGAACAAUACAUAUUCGGUGAUGAUACCAGUGUUGAAAAAUAAUGUCAAAGAGGAACCAGUUACUGAGGAUAACGCUUGUCUCGAGAUGACGCCGGAGUUUGCAGUUAAAAAAAAAUUGAUAGUCCGUAUCUGCAGAGAUCCGGAAUUCUGUGACACAAACGCUUGUAUCAGAAAGUGCUGUCCUGAAGAUAGAUAUUUUUAUGAAGACGGUUGCAUUAGUUCUCUUCGUUCUACCAAUGAAGUGGGAGAAUUUUACAAUGCUUUUGUGAACGCCGUGAAUCAGACAAAUUCGUUCACUUUCGACACGAACAAAAACCACGGAAUUUUGAUUCAGAAGCCAUCGUGUGACUCUGUGCACAGUUACGAUCCUAAUAAUUGGGAAAAACUUGUGUUACUGACAUCAAAUGGACAUAUUUUUAUCAAUAAUUAUGAUACGGACAACAUGUACUGCUUCGAAGUCCGACAUAACUAUUCCGACGACAACUCUGCUAGUUUUGAAUUGUUUUCCUGUUCCAAAUACCUGAGUAAUGAGCAUUAUAAAAGCGCUGACUGGUGGUUCGCCAUAUUGGUCGUCAAAUGUAUAUUUCUGUUGAUGACGUUGCUAGUGUACGCGUACUUACCGAAUCUGCAAAAUAUUCAUGGAAAAACAGUUAUAUGUUAUGUGAGCAGUAUCUUGCUGACUACCAUCUUCGCAUUCAUCAUCAGUUGGUACAACAAAGCCACAUUUGAACGAAAAAGAACAUUGUGCAAAACUAUAGCUUACAUCGGGUUUUUUAGUUUUCAUGCGGUGUUUUUUUGGCUUAACGUCAUGUGCUUCGACAUAUGGCGGACUUUUGGAUCUGUACGUGAGAAUAUGAAUAUAAAGGACCGCAAGAAUACGAAACGAUUUCUGUUGUACUGUUUAUAUGGGUGGGGCAUCCCUUUACUGUUUUCAAUCCUUAUUAUUAUUGCCGAUAAUACAGAUUUCCUGCCAGAAUAUCUGGCUCCCGAUAUUGGCGAUGUCGCAUGUGCAUUAACAUAUAAAGACAGUUGGAAUAACUACAGCGAUUUAAUUUUCGCUUAUGGACCGGAGACGAUUGUGACAAUGUCCAACGUGGUGUUUUUCAUUCUCACGUCGAUGUAUUACAAUAAGGUAAAAACGGAUAUAAAAAAUGUAGAUACCGAUCCCAGAAAUAAACAAUUUGAUUCCAUUAAGAACAGAUUUAUCAUGUUCGUCAAACUGUUCAUCGUUAUGGGAAUGCAAUGGAUAUUCGAGACAGUAAACUACUUCCUCACCAAAUCUUUAGGUUCCGAUCAUCACAUGAAGGUGUUUUUUUACCUCAUUUUAGUCUUAGAGUGUCUUGAAGGUUUAUUGAUUUUCAUUAUUUUUGUUAUGAAAAAAAACGUGCAUCAAGCUAUUCGCAAACGAUUGCAAGAUAUAAAAAAAAAUUAAUCUGCAACGUAAUGUCAUUGUUUACUUAUAUAGGGUAAGCACCUAUUAUCGUGGCGCUUUCUGAAAAUCCCAACUUCAAUGCAUCUUAAAAAAAAUAAAUAAAUGAAAAGUUUAAACUUUUUUUUCUUAACGUUUAUAAAAAAACUAAGAGAAUUUAUAAAUCCAUCUAUUAUUAACAAAAUGCAAUUUUAUUAAUAUUAAAAUUAAUAAAAACGGAAUGCGCUUGUCAUCGUGAUUAUGUACAAAUUAUCGUGUAAUACCCGUUUCUACGAAUUUACCAAUUACCGUGUCCCAAAUACCGUUGAUGAAAAAAAUGUAUUUCGUAAUGCUGAUUAGUUCUCAUGCUGUGCUUACUUCGUGAGCUACUGUCAUCGUGGAGAUCAUCGCGUUUUGACAGUUAUCAAGAAUUAUGUGUAUAUCAAGUAAAUUUGUAAUUUAUAAUAUCAAAAGCUGUGUAUCACGCGCGUAGCGUGAAAAAAUGAUAGAAUGAUAGUAAACUAAAUACUUAUGUGUCAAGUUAUUUGCACUUUCAUUGAAACGAGAAUACCGCGGUAAUACGAAUACCAACAACAUGCGCAUUGCACCUAAUUUCGUGAGUAAAUUUGAUUUACUCAUUAAAUGUAUUCAUAUUUCCACCUUUAUUUGAAUUUAAUUUAUUUUACUUUUGAUUAGGUUAAAUGUGAAAUAAUUUUUUUCUAUAGGUAUUCUUUUUUUAACGAGCUAUCAUCUAUUUUUCGAAAACCACGGUAGUAGGGCCAGGCUACGAUAAUAGGUGCACUUACCCUAGUCAGGAAAAACGCGAUCAACUAUGCUAUAUUUUUGUUUUAUUUCCGCGACUUAUAUUUUAAAAAGAGUCGAUAACUAACCCACAUUGAGAAUUUAAGAGAUCGGAAAGAGAGUAACGAUAUAAAAGAGAGAGUAACAAUUCAAAUAGGAAAACAGAUGGACCAUUCCAGGGAUUUGGUUAAUCCGGAAAAGAUGGUCCCAACUAGCAAUAUAAUGAACUGAAUAAGGAAAGGAAACAAACAGAAAGAUUGCAACAAAAGUUCGAAAAGAUCAUCCUGAAAGAUUGCCUGAAAGCGACAUCCUGCUCUAGUGAAAUUUGGUUUAUACCAAAAUGAGUGGACAAAAGAUGACAUUGAAGAAAUCACCAAUACGUCGAAAGUAAAGCAAUCUGUCAGUUUGUUUCCUGUUCCUAAAUUUGCUAAUAGAAUCAAUGUAUUAAAAUAAAAUUGGUGAAAAUAAAGGGUACUAUGGUUACUGUGGACAUUACAGCUACCCCCAUUAUCCCCGUCAUUAGGUGACAAAAUCAAAUAAUUGUUUAUGGAAUUAUACAAUUAGUAGCCCGCCGUUUU